AUGGACAUCACUGUCCCCCAACACCACAACUCCCCGAUUGCCCCUGACUGGAGCAGAUUGUCAGACGCCAACUUCACCAGCUCUGAGUCGGACUGCGCGCUGGGCUGGGACCCUGACCCUUCUCCUUCUGGCUGGGUCACAACACAGUGGGUGACUCCAGAGUAUGACGGCUCCGGGCCGGCUGACGGGAGCCGCCUCACCUCGGAAUCGGACUGCCUCACCGACUCCACGUCCUACAGCUUGUCGCCGAUCUCCUCCGUCGACUCCUACCGGCUUUCCCCUCCGCACCUCCCCGGGACAUCCCCGCCCGAGGUCGGCGUGGACGCGAGCCUCCCUUCUCCCGCAGCGGCUCGCCGGCCGGGGAAGGUCCGGUCGCGCUGCCCCGACAGGCAGCGGCAGAACGCCAGCGAGAGGGAGAAGCUGAGGAUGCGGGGCCUGGCCAGGGCCCUCCGCAACCUGCGGACCUACCUGCCCCCGUCCGUGGCGCCCGCCGCUCAGAGCCUGACCAAGCUGGAGACCCUGCGGCUGACCAUCCGCUACAUCGCCCACCUGACGGAACUGCUGAACGAGGAGGGCCGAGACACGGGGGGCGUGAGUCGGGGGAGGUGGCCUCAGGGUCUGUCCUGGCUGCACCACCCUCAUCAACAGCCUCCUUUCCCCUCCCCUUCCCUACCUACCUCCCACCAGCCAGAGUCACAAGACCAGAACACAUUCCUCCAGGAUUUCCAAUGCGCAACGGGAUCCACACAUACUGGCCGGUUUCCUCAGAGCUACAUCCCUGGAUUCUGAAACUCCCGGGAACACUCUCCAUUUCUGCUGGAAGUUUGUAAACUUCCUCUGUAUUAGAUUAAUUGCAAUUAUUAGCAAAUUUAUUUUUCUAAUUUAUUAU